AUGGCCGCUCCUGUCCCGUUGAAGGCAUUGGCCAGCAAGUUGGGCGUUGCUUCACCUGACAAGUCACCGGUCAAGAUUGAGAAUUCCUCUUCACCUCCGCCCCUAGUUGAAGAUACGUCUAGCAUACUCGAAGAUGGCGAGAUUGACGAGCAUCAGGAUGCUGCCGACUCACUGCGCAAUGAGCUGCAGCUGUCCACCUUCGAGUACUCCGCCCUCGAAGAUCGUUUCAAACGGCUCGAGCGUCAGCAUAGCGAGCUCAAAGACUUAGCCUCCGCGUACAGUGAGGUGAUUCGAGGCUUCUCUCCCGUCGAUGGUCAGACGGUGUCUAUCGAUCAGCUGCAAGCGGAGGCUGGUCGUGACGGCCUGAGAGCGAAAGCCCUCGAGGCAGACGUGCUCAGGCCGCUCAUAAGAGAAGCUGGCGGAUUGCAAGCUCUGAUCUCGCAAACGCACACAAUGAGAACACUCAUCGACAAGGCAGGUGGACUUCGAGAGCUCGAGCAGUUUGUCUCGGAUCUUCGCACGAUUCGGGGCACACUGAACGAGCUCAGAGGUUCUCAAGGACUCAUCGGCUUGGCUUCAGAAGUCCGAGAUCUUCUUACGAGCAAGCAGACUUAUACCGAUCUUCAGUCUGAGCUGCAUGGUCCAAAUGGCCUGAGAACGAAGGCUGCUAGGUACGAGAAGCUCAUGCAGGCUUUUGUUGAUGUACAGACCGUCACCUCGUUCCAGCAACGCAACGCUACUGCCUUGACAGCAAGUCGAGCGACGGGCAACGUCCGCGAUCUUUCACCAAACAGCCACAGUCAACCAGCUAGAGGCCAGCAGCCCCUGGCUGGCUCUGCGAUGAUGAAUCCAGCCCGAGCUCGUUUGAUAUCUGCUACGCCUCUCGAAUCUGAUCCAGACCGCGAUCUGUACGAGGCGCCACUACCUAUAGCAAAGCCGAACAACAAGACGGGAUCAAACAGCACACCCUUGGGUACUCCUCAGGUGCAACCUGCCGCACAGCUUGCCAACCAGGCUGAACGGUCUUCGAACCCAAAGCGCAAGGGACCUGACAAUGCCGUGCCCAGUGUGCCAGCAAAGCGCCCGCGAGUCGAUCUUGGUCGCGCCUCAGCCCUGGUGCAGGCUUCCUUACCUGUUGCCAACAACAGUUCAACAGCGCGAGCCCCCGGUCCGUCGAAAUUUUCUUUCAUACAGACUGGGGCUGCAGCCUUCAAAACUCGAGCUCAAUCCAAUCGAAGCGAGAGUGCAGGUACUGUGACUGAAGAUGCUGGUUCUCGACCUCAGGUGCAUACAGCACUGGCUCCGCCAAAGAUGCCUGACUGGAUGCGCGGAGAUGUACGCUUUGGAGAUGUAGGAUUUGCUUCCACACCAGGAGCACAGACGCCUACAUACUCCUCCACGCCAUUAAGGCAGGAUGCGGAUCCUCACACGGACACGAGAUCAGGUCCUGUGCGCUUCUCUACAAGCAGUUCAACUCAGCACCUGCCUUUCUCGACGAGAGAUCAGGGAGAUGGAAGCGGAGCGCAGACAGCUUUGCAGGCGGCAGCAGCAGUUCCACUCGAUCCACGCUACAACCAGCUAAGUAUCUGGAAAGAUUACCUCAAACACCCAGUUGCAUUCUGGACAGGCGCAUCUGAUGCUACCGCACCCUGGGAUGCUUUCCAACUGUACGAUCUAAAGAGGAACUUCCAGAUUCCCGGUGAUCUGCUCGCAUCAUUUACUGGAGGACUCUCUAAGCAUAUGCCGAUUGCGAAAUACAGCGCAUACGAGAUGAUGGCUCCAAAUCACAAUACAUGUAUCCUCAGGUGA